UCCCUUCCAGCUCAGGAGAUUCUGUGCUCUUGUGAUCCUAUGAAAUAAAGGAAGACAAUCACCUCUAACCCCGGGUCUGGAGUCCAGAGAGCUCUCCUUAGGGGGGCAGCAAUUCUGGCUGGCAGUGCUUUAGCAGGAGCUCUCCUGGCAGCUGCAUUUGGGCACUUUCAGAAGCACGGGCAGACCCUACAUCUUCCUGCUGCUGGAGGUCCAGGAGCCCUUCCCCUCUGUGCCUGGAGCUGCCAGGCUGGCUGUGCUGGAUGGCAACUUCAGGGUAUUCCAGGUGCAAAUCCACAUUUGGCAACCUUAAAUUCCUCAUUUUUCUGCUUUUGUGAGGUCAGUGCACAGUUCCUGAUCUUUAUUAAAUCUGGAGCUGUUUUAAUGGCAGAUCCAGCCCAGUGAGUUGCUGGCAGUCCCUCCAUCCCUUUCCUGCCAUCCCCAGCUCUGGGCUCCUGCUGUUUUCUCCCACCCUGGAGUCCAGCUGACACCAGAGCAGGCAGAAUUUGGUGACCCUGCAGAAAAUGCAGCAGUUCCUGGCCCGUGGGGCAGCUCGUGGGAGGUGGGAGCAGCAGGAUGGGGUAUCCCAGGGCUGUCCUGCUGCUGUGGGGCAGGACCACCCUGCAGUGUCCCCUGGAGGUGACAGAUGACCAUGUUAACAUAAUGCAGCUCCUUUCCCUUCUCUCUCACAUUAAACCUGCUCUGUUUUCACUCUUUGCCUCUGUAUUCCUCCUAUGGAAUCUCUUUCCCCUUUAUCUCUCUUCACUAGUUCUUGCAUUAAUGCAUAAUGGGAGAGACAAGGCAAGAACCUGCUGAUCCCAGCUGAGGUCUUGGCUUUAAAGUCUUAAAGAAAAUAAUAUUGAGAACCCUCCAGAUCAAUGUUCUGCUGAAAAAGUUUUCCCAAACUAAUCCAAGGAAGGAGCACAGUGUAAUGUUUCUUUGAGGUUGAAAGGAGAAAGUGCUAAUUUCAUGCAGAAAAGAUUGUAUCUUGGACUAGCAUAGGAAUAGAAAAUAAAUUGGUAUUAAAUUACAUUCGUCUGCCUCAAAAUAAUCUAAUAAAGCAUCUUCUGGAUCAAUAGCUGAAUCAUUAUCCCAGGCACAUAGCGAGCUUUGCCUCUUUUAAUUUGAGAUUCAAGAAAAGAGGUUUUUGCAUUACCAUAGUAAAAAGAAUAAUACUUUAAGUCUUCAUAAGAAAAAGGCAGAAGUUGGAAAAAAAAAGAUAAGAACCACACUCAGUGCCUUAAGCAAAUGUCAUUCUUCAUUUGAAACUUGUAAUUUAUGGGUAGUGUGAAAUAAAUUUUUAUAUUUAAUGACUGUCAAUCUGUCAGCUUUACUGACAAAAAAAAUCCAACAACGCAGAGUGAAAGGACUUUUUGUGCAGGAAGGGAGGAGAAGGGCAAGACAAGGCUUUCAACAACUUUGUUCUCCUAAUUAAGGCUCACUAGGGAAAAAAAUUAGGAAAAAGAAGGCACAGUUCUCCCCUGAAAAUGCAGUUUCAUCAAAAGAAAAUGAGAUGUACCAGUGUUGGCUGCAGUGUGCACAGUCCAAAGAAGGCUGACGUGGGGAGAAACUGCAACCACAUGCAGAUUGUGGUCAGAAAAGCUGGAAUCACAGGGUGUGGAUUCCAAAUACUGCAACGGAGCUCAGUUUAUCAAAGUAUGGAGUAAAUACAGAGAGAACAUGGUCAGAAUAGGCAAAAGCAGACUAAAUGUGUGUGUCUGGUUAUUUAAAGCAGUGAUACUUCAAAUAGGUGCUGGAGGAUGACCUCAGAAAUGACAUGAAGGAUGUGAAGAAGGGUUAGGUUAUUCCUGAGGCUGGGUUAGGUGGGUGGGCACUUUCAGCCUGGGACAGUCCUCAAAUUUCUAUCUUGAAAAAGCAGAUUUUUUCAUUUCCCUGCAAUCAGUCUCCCUGUAAUAUAUUCAUUAAUGCAGCAGGUGGAACAGGGAGUGCAAUGUAAGUCCAGGGCACCAAGCUGGGAAGAGAUACAAACAGUACAGAGCACUGAAUCACAAUUCCAAAUGAUCUUGAUAAGUGGGAGAAAUGAUCUGAAACCAAUAGCCUGAGCCUCCCUGCAGGGAGGAGUAAGUGAGAAAGGUGAAAUCAAAUACAUCAGCUUGGAGCAACCCACGAGCAGCUGCACAGCACUGCAGGACUUUGGGAAAAUGGGCUGGGGGGACCCCCAGAGGCAGCAGAUGUGGCAAAGGAGGGCAAGGCCAGGCUGGACAGGGCUUGGAGCAGCCUGGGCUGGUGGAAGGGUGGAAUCAGAUGGGAUUUAAAGUCCUUCCAACCCAAACCAUGCUGGCAUUCCAGUGAUCCCAGCACUCCUCUGAAAUGAGCAAGAGUUUGCUGCUGGAGGUGCUGAUGCCAAGAUCGUUUGUGUCUUGCCAAACAAGAGGGGCUCAGGGGCUGUGUUGCAGCUCGUUAUCCUCCCUGCUUUCAAGUUUUUGUCCCACAGGGAUUUGCCUGGAGCAAUUUCCUGCAGAGAGCUGGCAGUGCUCGUGGCUUCUCGUGUUCCCUGUCAGCAUCUCUGUGUGGGUGAGGAGCAGACAAAGCCAAAACUUUUGAUGUGGAGCGUUUGCAAAAGAACUCAAAGCUUCUCAUGGCCCUGUCUUGGGUGGGGAUUGGAGCUGGGCCUUGAGCUGGUGACAGAUUGAUGGGAUUUUUCCCAGUACCUGGAUGGUGUUGCUAGUUUCCAGUGGAACAGGAUCCCAUGAGUGGCUUUGGAGUUGCUCCUGUUGCCUGUGGAGCCACGUGAUGGGAUGAACUCACAGCUCUGGAGCAGGCAGGGCUGCAGAACCCAUCCCUCCAGAAGAGCAGCCUUUGCUCCAGGAAGUGCACACAGACACUGCAAGAGCUGAUUUUUCCUUUUCUUUCAACCUUCCACCUCUGGAUUUGCUUUGUUCCAACUCUCCAUGGAUCCUGCAGCUUUUGGGCAGCUCUGAUACCACAACUCUCAGGCUAAGGAAUUUGGUUUUCAUGGUGUCUCAGCAUUGCCAGGCAAACAACUCCAGCAUGAGCAGCACUCUGGAGGAUCCAUCUGACUGUGCCUGAGCCUCCUGCUUUUCUUCUGGAGCUGCUGGAGGGGGAAAUUGCUCCACAUCAGCACAGCCUGGUUUGGGGAGGGCUACAGCUCCUGCCUGUCAUCCCUGCUCCUGAGUGCUUUCCAUGGCCCUUUGGUGAACAGUGAGCAUGAGAUCUGUGUUUGCCUCUUCUGAUGUCUCCAGCCCUGUCUUGAAACACUCACAGGAGCUGAUGUGGUGCAACCUUGGGAUUUGUAGUUCCUGAAUCCUGCCUGGCUGAUCCUAGAGGAGGAAGGGGAGAGCCUCCUGUCUGUGCCACUCUUCAGCUCUUCACAUUCCUCAGGCUCCAACUCCAGCUCUGGACCCUCUCCCUGCUGAAGGGCUUUUCCAUCUUGAUUUUACACUCCCUUCUGUUGGAUGGCAAAAGAAGGAAAGGAGUGAGAAAACCCUCUGAAUGCAGCUUUUGGUGCUGGGAUGUGCCCUGUGACACGUGGUGCCCACGAUCCUCAUGGCAGAGCUGUGCCCAGGGAGCCUCUCCUCACCUGUGCAGGUGAAGAGCAGGGCUUGAAAAUGCCUCGUGGCUCAGGGGAAGCAGGAUGGCCAGGAAGGCAGCAGUGGGAGUGAGGCUUUCACAAUCUGCUCCCCACUCAGCUGCUGUGGGGCUGCUUGCUGCUUCCCAGCAGGGAGAGACAGAAAUGCUGAAUUAGAGAGAGAAAUGCUGAAUUUCUGACCAGAAAACACAGAAUCCUUCAAGGAGACACACCUUCAGCAUGGCCCAGAAAAGCCAGACUGGUGGAACUGAGAAGAAUGGGUCCUCCCUCCUGUACAGCAAGAGUGAUUUCGAGGAAGGAGCCCUGCAGUGGGUGCCAGAACCCCCCCAAGGCCGGGUGCUGCUGGUGCUCAGCAUGGACAACACCUGCCCCAGCUCCUCCUUUGACAUGGAACUUUGUGCUGACAAACUGCAGUCCCUUGGCGUCCAGGUGCCGAUGGAUCUGUGGAGAAGGCUGAUCCAGGAGGGUGUGCUGAGCCCCCAAGUGAGGCGGUACCUGUUCUACAGCUCCAGGGGCUUCCAGAUUGCCAUGGCCAUGGUUUUCUACAUCUCUUUCUGGACAAACCUUUACUCCACCCUCCAGCUGUGUUCCCUGGGCCACUCCUGGGGGGCCGGCGUGCUGGUGACACUGGUGGCCCUGGCUCUCACUGUCCUGGUGAUCCUGGUCAUUGAUGGGCACCAGAGGAAGCUAAAUGUGAACACAGAUGUGAGGCUGGCAGCUGUCAAUGAAAUCUUUAUCAAACACAGCAUAAUCCUGGGGAUUACAGAUGUCCUGGACGGGCCACACAACAUCCUACAACUGUGGUUUGUGCACUUCAGCCCCGAGCACUGCCUCCAGGCCCUGGCAGCCCACAUCACUCACCUGCAGGGGACACAGGCAGGCUUGAGGAAGAGGCUGAACAAGCUCUGGGUGGUGAUGGAUGUGGCAGUUCAGCCCGAGCUGGGGGUGGAGGAGGAGGCUCCAUGUGAAGAAUCCCCUCUUUUAUCCAGAGAGGUGACCCUGAAUAAAGAUCCUGUGACCUGCAGUGAGCUCCUGCACCUCAUCCCCGAGGGCCCACCCCAGGCCAUGGCCCAGCAGCUCCUGGUGAUCUUCAGCGCGUGCUACGUGCGGCUCCUGGUGACGGGCCGGCUCCCUCGGGCCAGCCCAGGGGGACACCUCGGUCACAGCAGCGUCCCCUGCCUCUGCCAGUUCAUCCAGAGCACCCUGCUCUGCUGCUGAGUCAGGAAUGCCACACGUCACCCUGUUCUUCUAAGCCUUCUGCUGUUUACAUUUUUGUAAAGGAGUUUCUCACGCAUUGUCACCAUGAUAUUUUCUGAAAAAUCCCUUCACCAGGAUUUUUCUCCAUAGAAGCUGAGAAGUCCCAGAAAAGAAAUGUAAACAAUAAUUAUCUGAUUGCUUGGAAUGUGGUCUGGAGGUUGCUUACCAGCCUUUGCAUCUUUGAUUGGUCCCAUGUGGAUUGUUUUUAAUUAAUGACCAAUCCCAGUCCAGCUGUGUCAGACACUCUGGUCAGUCAUUGGUUUCUAUUAUUCAUUCUUUUGAAGCCUUCUGAUGUCUCCUUUCUCUUUCUUUAAUAUAGUUUUAGUAUAUAAUUUCUUUUAAUAUAAUAUUAUAAAAUAAUACAUCAGCCUUCUGAGAACUUGGAGUCAAAUUCUCAUCUCUCACCUCGUCCUGGGGACCCUCACAACACCACAACAAUGCACUUUUAUGUAAAUAAUGAUUGUUUUUUGCAUUCUUUUCUAGAAAAGGAGAAAAUUGAUAGACUGUUAGUUUAACCAAUGUCAUUAGAGAAGCAACAAUUUCAUCCUCCAAUCCAGGCUCACUUUUGAAAUUCCACAUCUAUCAAAGUCAAGAAAUAAACUUUCUUCUUUUCACCUUAGAAGUUUCAGUGUGUGUGGCAUUUAUUUUGUGUCCUGUUACAACAGACACAGACUCCAGGGCAGAAGGCUGAGAGGCCAGAAGCCCUGACUUUAUUGGAAUCCCUUCUUCUAUACCCUGGUCUGAUACAGGGGGACCUGAUUGGUCAUUUAAUCAACACAUUUCCCAGGAUUGGCUAAUUAAGAAUAUGCCCUUUGGUAAAACAUCUUGGAGGAAAACAACUUGUUGAAAAUACCACCUGCAGGUAUUUUACCAUUCUUUCUGUCUGCCUCCCUAAAACUUCCCAGGCCAAUUCAUGGGAAAGCUUAUCUGGCUUUCUCUCUCUCUGACCAGAAUGUUGUCUCCACAGUGCUCCACACCCACCACAGCUGGGCCAGGUGACCAGAGGGGGCUGGAAAACCCCAAAACAGAGCUGUCCCCACACUCCAGUGUGGAGGAGCUGUGGGGCAGAGAAGGGAGCUGCAAUUUCUUGUCCUGGAUGAAUGAGUGGAAAUAGGACUCUAAUAAAAGGUGCAGGAAAGCUGCUCACCUUGGAGAGCUCCUGCUCUCCAGCUUGGUGAGGAGGAGCUGCCCCAGGGGUCAGAAACAACCCAGGGACAGCCUGGGACUCGUUUGUGUCCAAACCCUCCUGCCAACAACCAUCACCCCCUCACACAGCCCCUUACCAGCAAAGGCCAGAGCUUUGCUGGGGGUGGCAGCAGGAGGCUGAGCCCUGGACACCAGGAUUUGGCACCUCCCAUGGUGCAGGAUGACUCUGCUCCUUCUCCUGUUGUUUCUGUCACCAGGAAUGGUGACAUGAGAUCCAUCUCCUCCUGCCUGAGGCCCCAGCACCAUUCCCCCAGCAGCCAGUCCCUAACACAUGAUCCUCUUAUCAGUGAACCCCCACAAAGGAUCCCCUUAUCAGUGAGGUCUCCACAUGAUCCCCUUAUCAUUGACCUCCAAUAAAGGAUCCCCUUAUCAGUGAUCCUCCACAAAGGAUCUCCUUAUCAGUGACCCCCCCAGCAAAGGAUCCCCUUAUCAGUGACCCCCCCAAACAGAGAUAAUCCCCUUUAUCAGUGCCCCCCCCAUGUGAUCCCCUUAUCAGUGCCCCCACAUGUGGUCUCCUUAUCCCCCCGUGCUGCCAGUGCAGGGUCCCAAGCACUGCAGUGACACCAAACUCAUUCCAGAAGAAAAACCCACCACACUCCCAAGCAGCUGAUUUCUUCCACCUUUACUGCUGGUCCAGCUGUCACAGGAGGGGUCAGGCAGGAUCCCCCCCACAGCUGUGGGGUUUGGGGCUCUGCUGUCAUUGCUCUGUGACAGGGCAGGGUUGGGGGCACCUCCCUGCAGCCUCUGCUCUAGGGGUGCUGCACAUCCCCUGGGGGCUCACUGGCUAUGGGGAAAGGGAUUCCCACUCACCCAAGCUCCAAAACUCUUAUUCCAUCCCAGAAACUGAUUUUGAAAUUGUCUGAAUUUCUACCAACACCACUGGAACAUAAUUUGGUUUCACAGUAUAAAAACCCAUUUCCCUGCUAGCAUGCAAUGGCUCCUGCUCUUCCCCUGGUGUUCCAUGGCCACACGUGCCAGGAGCAUCUGAUACACACUGGGGAUCUUCUGAUACACACUGGGGAUCUUCUGAUACACACUGGGGAUCUUCUCAUACACCUUGGGGAUCUUCUGAUACACACUGGGGAU